CGUUCCCUAUCUCUCUCACCCAUCUCUUUCUCUCUCUCAUAUUUCGAGUUUUGUUUGCUCAAUUGCAAAAAAACAGUUUCUUGUUUCCUUCAACUUUUCUACGUCCUAAAAAAUCGUUCAUCAUUUCUUCUGUCAUGGCCGAGGAAACCAAGAAGGCAGCUCCCGAAACCGCCGAGGAGGUCGUGGUUUGUGACGUGCCGGUGGCGGAGGAGCCCACCAAGGCCGUUGCGGAGCCGGAGAAGGCCGUGGAGGGAGAGAAGGAGGCAGAAGUUGCCGAAUCUGUUUCCUUCAAGGAGGAGAGCAACAAAGUCGAUGAUCUCAUUGAUCCAGAGAAGAAAGCUUUGGACGAGCUCAAAUCCUUGAUUCAGGAGGCCUUGAACAAGCAUGAGUUCACCUCUCCCCCUCCUCCGCCCGUUACAGAGACGGCGGAAGAGCCCAAAUCCGAGGAAGUGAAGGAAGAGCCCAAACCCGAGGAGGAGGAGAAGAAGGAAGAAGAAAAAAUUGAAUCUUGUGAAGCAGCCCCGCCGGAAGAGAAGGAGACACCGGAGGAGGCGGUGGUUGAGAAGGUGGAGGAAAAGGUUGAAGCUGCUGAGGAAAUCAAGGAGACCAUAGUUCAAGAAGUGAAGGCUGAGGAGGAUGUAGCGCCGCCGGCGCCGGAGGAGGUGUCGAUUUGGGGCGUCCCACUUCUCGCCGACGAGAGGAGUGAUGCAAUCCUGCUCAAAUUCCUGAGGGCUCGGGAUUUCAAGGUGAAGGAGGCUUUCGCCAUGGUGAAAAACGUGGUGGCGUGGAGGAAGGAAUUCAAGAUCGAUGAGUUGUUGGUGGAGGAAGGAAUUGGAGAAGGGCUGGAGAAAGUUGUGUAUGUGAAUGGAGUGGAUAAAGAGGGGCACCCAAUUUGUUACAAUGCGUUUGGAGAGUUCCAAGAUAAGGAGCUGUAUAGCAACACUUUCUCUGAUGCUGAGAAAAGAGCUAAGUUCUUGAGAUUUUAUAUUCAGUUCUUGGAGAAGAGAAUUAGGGGGCUUGAUUUUAGCCCUGAGGGGAUUUGCACCAUUGUGCAAGUUACUGAUUUGAAGAAUUCGCCUGGGUUGUUCUUCACCAAGAAAGAACUGAGGCAGGCUACCAAUCAAGCCCUUCAACUGCUGCAGGAUAAUUAUCCAGAAUUUGUUGCCAAACAGGUGUUCAUCAAUGUGCCAUGGUGGUAUGUUGCUUACAAUAGGAUGAUCAGUCCAUUCUUGACUCAGAGGACUAAGAGCAAGUUUGUGUUUGCUGGUCCAACCAAGACUGCUGAGACCCUCUUCAAGUAUGCUGCACCGGAGCAAGUCCCCGUGCAAUACGGUGGUCUGAGCAAGGCCGGCGGGGAGUUCACCACUACCGAUACUGCAGUAGAGGAAAUUAUUAAGCCAGCAAGCAAGCACACAAUUGAACUGCCAAUUUCUGAGGGUGUCACGUUGGCGUGGGAGGUUAGAGUCGUCGGUUGGGACGUUUCCUAUGGUGCGGAGUUUGUCCCGAGUGCUGAGGGCGGAUACACGUGGAUCGUCCAAAAAUCGAGGAAGAUCGGGCAGGUGGACGAGGAUGUAUUGAGCGGCUCAUUCAAGAUUGGUGAACCGGGAAAGGUUGUGCUCACAUUUGACAACCAAACAUCUAAGAAGAAGAAGCUUCUCUUUAGGUCCAAAGCCAAGUGCUCUGAGUGAAGAUGAAAGAGGGCUUCUUUGUUCAUUCAUAUGAUUCUUUUUGGGCUGAUUUAUAUUUAAAACUUGUUUCUGAAAUUUUAAGGUUGUUUGGGAGUAGUUUAUUUAUAUUUCUUUGUUGUUUUUGUUAAGUUGGAUUGAUUAUUUACAUGUCCGAAGAAACAAUUGGGAAUUCAAAGAUAGAAAUUUCUGUCAA